AUGAAGCUCACCAUCGUAUUGUCCGCCUUGCUCGGUCUCGCUGCCAUGGCGCAGGCCAUUUGCAUGCAGUGUGAUGUUCGAACGCAUUCUCGAGGCGUCUGCGUCACACGUGGUGCUGGUUGUCCUUUUGGCUAUGUUCAGUAUGAUCCAGCCAUCCACGGCGACGCGGCUCUGGACACAAAAGACAGCAACUAA